AUGUUUCUAUUGGCUAAUAGCAGUAAGGACUGUCUGCUGUUCCACGUGUUUCUAUUGGCUAAUAGCAGUAAGGACUGUCUGCUGUUCCACGUGUUUCUAUUGGCUAAUAGCAGUAAGGACUGUCUGCUGUUCCACGUGUUUCUAUUGGCUAAUAGCAGUAAGGACUGUCUGUUGUUCCACGUGUUUCUAUUGGCUAAUAGCAGUAAGGACUGUCUGUUGUUCCACGUGUUUCUAUUGGCUAAUAGCAGUAAGGACUGUCUGUUGUUCCACGUGUUUCUAUUGGCUAAUAGCAGUAAGGACUGUCUGCUGUUCCACGUGUUUCUAUUGGCUAAUAGCAGUAAGGACUGUCUGCUGUUCCACGUGUUUCUAUUGGCUAAUAGCAGUAAGGACUGUCUGCUGUUCCACGUGUUUCUAUUGGCUAAUAGCAGUAAGGACUGUCUGUUGUCCAAAGAGUUUGUAUGGACUGACAGCAGUAAGGACUGUCUGUUGUCCAAAGAGUUUGUAUGGACUGACAGCAGUAAGGACUGUCUGUUGUCCAAAGAGUUUGUAUGGACUGACAGCAGGCUCCCCCUAUUUGUGUCUGCGGUGAGGGACAGAGACUGUCUACAGGCUGGGGACACCUGCUCCAGUGAUGAUGGGUGCAGCCCUCGUCUGCGGACGCUGAGACAGUGUGUGGCGGGGGACGGCAGUGUGAAGCUGGGCCCUGGGGCCAGGAACCAGUGUGAGAACGCAGUCACGGCCCUGCUGUCCUCCCCGCUGCACGGCUGCCAGUGUAAACGAGGCAUGAAGAGAGAGAAGAACUGCCUCAGUAUCUACUGGAGCCUGCACCAGUCUGUCCUGCAUGGACUGAGUCUGGUGGAGAGUUACCCGUACGAACCAGAGGAGAGGGGCUUCGACUACGUACGCCUGGCCUACAUGGCUGCAGUAGAUGAGGUGGGCAUAACGACGUUGAACCGUUGUCUGGACGCAGCAAAGGCGUGUAACGUGGACGAGACGUGUCAGAAGCUCCGUACGGAAUACGUCUCGGCCUGCAUCCAGCCGUCGGCCCGCUCAGGCCCCUGUAACAGAGCCAGGUGUAACAAGGCUCUCAGGAAGUUCUUCGACCGGGUCCCUCCUGACUACACCCACCAGCUGCUGUUCUGCCCCUGCACAGACAUGGCGUGCGCUGAGAGACGGAGACAGACCAUCAUACCAGCCUGCUCCUACGAGGACCAAGACAAACCCAACUGUCUGGCUGCACUGCGCAGCUGUAGGAACGACUACGUAUGCAGGUCCCGCUGGGCCCAGUUCCAGUAUGACUGCCAGCCCUCAGAGCACGUUGCCAGCGGUUGCAAGCAGGACAACUACGCAGUCUGUCUCCUUGCCUACACCGGCCUCAUAGGUAAGAACUAACACUUA